CACAUACCCUUUAACAUGUCGUACGGUAUAUGUGUACUGGUGCUCGUGGCCGUUGCCGCAGUUGCUACAUCCGGAUAUAACACCUAUGGAAGUCAUCAUCAUGUUCAUCUUAGACUAUACAGAAAACACAUUGUGCAUAGUGGACACUACGGACAUCACGGAUUGGCAUACUACAAAAGAUACCACGGAUUUAAAAUCACACAUGGAAGAUUUGCUUACAAAGGAUUAGGAUACAAAUUGACUUGUGGUAAGACACGGUUUUACCGGCUAUGGAGGAGUUGUUAUGGAAGAUACCAUAGCAGAGGUAGAUGCUUUGGGAGAUUCAGAAAACAACAUCUUUUUGCGGUUUACAAAGGCUAUUCUCAUGGUAGCACCGGUCACUACUACAAGGGUCACGGACAUGGUUAUGGACAUGGUCACGGUUAUAGUCAUGGACAUGGUCACGUUUAUAUUCACGGACAUGGUCAUGGACAUGGUCACGGUUAUAGUCACGGACAUAGUCACGUUUAUAUUCACGGACAUGGUCAUGGACAUGGUCACGGUUUUAGUCACGGACAUAUACAUAGAGCUGCUUACUAUAGUUAUUACAAAAAAUAUCAUGGAUUUAGAAUCCAUCAUCACCGAUUUUCCUAUGGAGGCAAAGCAUAUAAGCUGGCAUGUCAUAGAAAUCGAUUCUACAGUCUGUGGAAUACUUGUUAUACUCAUUAUCACAGUAGAAGUUAUUGCUUUGGACAUUUGAGGAAACAGCAUCUCUUCGUAUCUUAUCAUGGAGGUGCUUAUGGACACAUACAUCACGCUCAUCAUCAUGGACACACGCAUGAUUGGCUGUACCGUCAUAAUUUAUUUCUCCACCUGAAGAUGGCCAAACACCAUGUUAAACGCAUCCACCAUGCAGCUAACAGCCAUGUUUCCAAAAUAUCAUACCUAUCUAACAAACAUGUGCAAAACAUUGGCUACCAGGCGAAAAAACACGUCAGCAGAAUUUCAAACGAGGCUAACCGACAUAUCAACAGGUUCAGAAAACUCGUAAAAUACCAUAUAAACAGACUCCACAAUCACGCAAAACAUCAUCUGUCUGCUGUUGAAAAUCAACAUAAAAGACAUUUGAGAGAACGCGAGUAUCAAAAUAAACGACACCUUUCAAACGAGGAGCACCUCCAUAACAAACAUGAAUAUCAUAUAAGUAAACUUCAUAGCGAAGUUGGUUAUGGUUAUGGCCAUGGACACGUUGUUAGCUACCUCGAUUACCACAACACAUAUCAUGGAUUCCCAAUAGCCGAACACAGAUUUUCAUAUGCCGGAAAAGCUUACCAACUGAAAUGUGAAAGUAAACGAUUCUACAGUCUUUGGAGUGAUUGCUGGUCUCAGUAUCAUAGUAGAAGUAUAUGUUUUGACAACUUGAGGAAACAACACCUCUUUAUAGACUACCCUGGAGACUACGCUGAUGAAUAUGCUCCUACAAAGAUUGUAGUCAAGACAGGAGGCGAUUUUGAUUAUAAAAAGUAAACGAUUACUUAUUGAAGG